AUGGAAAUUAUUUCAACUCAUAAGUUUGAUCAGCUGACAGUGAAACUCGAAGAACCAAUAGAAAAUCAACUCGAUCCAUUACUUGAUUCUAUACGUACUAAUGAUCUCAAUGGUGUUGAAACUUGGAUGGAAGGUUCCGAUUGGCAAACAAUAGUUCAAGUUCUACAAACACAUAGUCCUGGUCCAACAACAACAGCAGGUAAUCGAUCAUCGCAUAUGGAUUAUGAAGAUCAACGUGAUUUAGCAUCAUCAUUAUCUCAAUGGAAUUGUCCACGAUGUACUUUUAUUAAUGAUGGUUCAUCUCGGACAUGUGAAAUAUGUUCAUGUGAAAAAGGUUCUUAG